AUGUACUUGGGCGAUACUGCAAGAAACUGGUUCCUGUGUGCAAGAAUCCCGAACGGCUGGGAAGACACGACAGCACAACCUGCUGCAGGAGGGAACCCUGCCACACCUGCAGUUACCGGCCUUCGUUCGAUGUUUUUAAAAGAGUUUCAACCGGACAACUAUGGCCUUUUCCAAGAAACAAGACUAAGAAGCAGAACACAAGGAAUGGAUGAGCCAACUGUUAGGUACUAUUAUGAAAUCCUCAACCUUUGCAGACUGGUCGACUCGAAUAUGUCGGAAGCACACCGAUUGGAGCACCUUUUUCGAGGCCUUCGACCAGCUCUUCUUAGAAAAAUUUACCCGUUGAAACCUAAAACAUGUGAAGAGUUUUUAACACUGGCAAAAGCUUAUACGGAAGCGUCGCUCAUGUCAGAAGCAAGAGGAUGGAAGGAUGCGGCAAUGGAACCACAGAAACCUCUUGAGCAGGCACCAAACCUUUCCGUCGUCUAUCCAGACCAGCAAGCAGAAUUUAUGAAGUCAAUGCGUGAGUUAAUCCAAGACACGUGUGAGAAAUUAAUGGCAAAGGAGCAAGAGAAGGCAAAAGGGCCCUACAAGCCAAAAGGACGUUCUACUGACGGGAGACCAUUUUGUUUCCAUUGCAAGAAACCCGGGCACGUCGCUCGGCAAUGUUUCAAAAAUCCAGAAUCUCCAAAUUAUAAAGCUCCGACACGGGAUACAGCGCCAGCUACGCCGUCAACGGCGAAUACAGCAGUAAAUCUGGCGACCCAAGCUCCUAACGUACAGGAAGAAAAACACCUGUUGAACUUCGAUGGAACCAACUUGAUUAAAGUACCUGUGUUUUGUGGUGAGGUGAAUGCAACAGCAGUGAUUGACACUGGUGCAGCAGUGACAGUUAUCUCUCCUGAAUUAUUGAAGAAAACACAAUUCGUUCAGCAGCCAUGGAGUGGUUCCGGAAUUAUUCUCGCGAACGGAUCACGAGUGAUGCCCGAAGGAGCAGCCGAAAUCCUGGUGACGCACAAAAACAGAUCUGUGAAAGGAAAAGAAAUCGUUAUGGCAAUGUCAGGAAUUGAACUUUUGAUGGGAAAUGAUUUUCUCAAACAAUUUGGAUGUAUACGGAUUAAUUACCAGGCGGAGAAACCUCUUCUCACUAUGGGUGAUUUACCGCUUGCAGUAAUCUCCCUCCCUGCGAAGGAAGAAACAGAAGAUACUGUGUUAGUAUCCAACGAGUGUCAGGAAAUUCCAGCGUAUUCAAUUAAACCCGUUCCAACGAAAGUUUCUAGUAAACUGAAAGGCGCUUGUGUCCUGAAACCACCAGUUUCACUGAUGGCCACGACAAGUCUGUCUACGGGUCACGCCCUUGUGCAGAAGGACCUGGAAAACAUUCCUGUAGCAAAUCUGUCUCCCAAAUCAGUGUGGCUGGAGAAAGAUGUAACAUUGGGGACUUUAGAAGAAAUCCAAGAAGUGGAAAAAGCAGAUAAAUCUGGAUUGGAGAAAACCUGCACGAGGAUAAAAAAAGUGAGUGAACAUGAUUUGGGGCACUGUACGUUGGUGGAGCACGACAUUAACACUGGAGUUAACCCUCCAAUUCACCAGCUUCCUUAUAAGAGUGCCUGGAAGGAACGAGCUGUGAUCCAGGAACAGGUGGAAGGAAUGUUACGCCAGGGAAUAAUUGAACACUCGGACAGUCCUUGGUCUUCGCCUGUGGUCCUACGGGCAAUGGAUAUUAUUUUAGCCGGACUUCGAUGGACAACGUGCCUGGUGUACCUAGAUGACGUCAUCGUCUACUCGGCAACGUUCGAACAACAUUUGGAACGACUCCAAUCAGUGCUGGAUUGCCUUGGAAAAGCCAACCUGAAACUAAAAUGGUCAAAGUGCUCAUUUGCUAAGAACAUAUUAAAAGUAUUAGGUCACGUCGUUACCAAGGAAGGUGUUGGUCCGGAUCCUGAAAAACUAGAGGUGGUGGAAAAUUUUCCAUCUCCAGCAAAUUUCGCAUCCAUCGCACGUCCGCUCACAUCGCUAACAAAGAAAGACAUUCCAUUCAUUUGGGGAACGGAUCAAGUUAGUAGCUUCAACGCUCUAAAAGCAGCACUUACAUCAGCUCCAGUGCUAGCUCAUCCAAACUACGAGUUACCGAUGGAAAUUCUACCGGACGCCUGUGGUUUCGGCAUAGGAGGUGUACUAGCACAGCGCAUCGAUGGAGUUGAAAGAUCAGUAGCUUACGCAAGCCGCUUACUAUCGAAAUCAGAAACAAAUUAUUCUAUCACGGAGAAAGAAUGUCUUGCAUUAGUAUGGUGCCUUACCAAGUUUCGAUGUUUUGUGUGGGGUUGUCAAAUGAAAGUGAUCACCGAUCAUCAACCGUUGUAUUGGUUAAUGAGCAAGCGGGACCUCGCUGGACGUUUAGCGCGUUGGAGUCUCUCGCUUCAGGAGUACGAUAUAUCUAUCGUAUAUCAUAGUGGGAAAACACACGACAACGCCGACUGCCUCUCACGAAACCCACUUCAGCAGAUCGAAGAAAUGGAAGAUGAUCGAUGUUUCAUCGUUGCGGCCAUUGGACCAAACGCAGUGGAUAUCCUUUCUCCCGAAGAAAACGGCUCAUUUAUCCGCAAACAAAGAGCUCGCCGCAUCAAGCGGACUCUCCACAAAAUUUGCAGUCGAUUCUUUUGGCCGAAAAUGAAUCUUGACAUAACUCGCUACGUUCAGAGUUGCGUGAACUGUCAAGGAAGAAAAGGAGUUCCAGAUAAACCUCCGGGAUUCCUGCAGUGCAUUAAAGUAGAAAGACCUGUUGAGAAAAUGGGUAUGGAUCUGCUUGGGCCAUUCCCUCUAUCUCACAAGGGUAACAAAAUGAUAAUUGUUGCAGUAGAUUACCUGACUAAAUGGGUUGAGCUGAAAGCUAUGCCAACCGGCAAAGCAGAAGAUGUCGCUGAGUUCUUCGUCAACCAAAUUUUUCUUCGCCAUGGAGCUCCAGAACAAAUCAUCACUGACCGAGGAAAAUGCUUCGUUGCUGAGUUAACUCAAGCAGUGGUCAAAAAGUUACACACCAACCACAAAACAACACCCAGUUAUCAUCCUCAAGCAAACGGGGCUGUGGAAAGAAUGAAUCAUACGUUAGCAGCAAUGCUUUACAUGUAUGUUAGUACUGACCAGCGGGAUUGGGAUGAGACCCUACAGUAUGUGUGCUUUGCGUACAACACAGCCAGGCAAGAAUCCACAGGAUACUCUCCAUUCUUUCUCCUCUACGGACGCGAGCCAAAAUUACCAAUCGACAUGGAGCUGGGUGCGGAUCCGAAUCCAUUGUUGACAGAAGAUGGCGCCACAAGAGAUUACGCAGAUCGCCUAUUGAUCGAAUUAUCGACAGCUAAAGAAAUAGUGAAAACUAGAAUGGAAGAGAAAAGUGGGAAAAUCCGAAAACUCCUUCACCGAUGGUUGGGACCUUUCAAAGUGUUGAGGAAAACCACGCCGGUGAAUUAUGAGGUUACAUCAGCAACCGGUCGAGGGAAAACGGAUAUUGUGCACGUCAUCCGUAUGAAGCCAUUCUUUGAAGCCUCAAAUGAAUGGCAGCUCCCACAAGAAAUAGCUCCAAACAAUUUAGAAGAAACCACUGAAAAAGAACACAGGGAAGAUCAAGAAAUUGAAUCACAAGAUGUACCAGCAGUUACCAGCCCUCAAGCGGUAGCAGAUGACAAGAAAACAGUUACCGAACAUACCACAGCAGAUGGCGUCAUGGUAGCGCCCCCCACUUCAAUCGAAGUAGUACCAGCUCAAAGGCCCAUCCGUAACAGAAGACCACCCGCUAGGUACCUAACUUGCUUGGUACCCUUCUUGAUGCUCCUGUUUACAGUCUUCAAUCCACCAAUGGUUACGGCACUGAUCCUGAGAGAAAACACGAUUUUUAAAGAACAUGUAGAUGUCGCUUUCAGUGAAUCAGCAUGGACAAUCGUAACUGACCUCGAUUUAGGGCCCGCUGGAGCAGCAAUAGCUUACUUGCAACAGAAAAUUCUCCAACAGCAAGCAGUGGCAGACAAGUGGAAACAGCAAGGAUCUCGACCACAAAAAAUAGCAGCCAAAAGAAUUUUCAGCAAAUUACGAAGUUUCUCGAAGGAUCUGGGGAGCGUUACCGAGCAAUUCGCGACCGUGAAAGAAGCCUUAAACACCAACCCAAGAAACCGACGUAGUCUCAUCGACGGAGGUGGAUCAGCUCUCAAAUGGCUUUUUGGCGUUUCAGCACAGCAGGACCUAGAAGAAUUAAACAGUCAGGUGCAACAGGUUAAACUGAAUCAAUAG